AUGUUUGAAUUUGCGAAUUCAUUGGUGCUCUUCUCAUUAGUCAUAACAUUCCCAAAUAUCUGGUCCUUAAGUCUGUCAACUUUGCACUUACCAGCACCAGAAACCAAUGUGACCCGUCAUUUUCGUGUUGGCUCGGAUAUUAUUCUGAGGUGUGGAGAGGAUCAUCAUCUGAACACAACUCUUGUUUUGUGGCGAGACCCUUCGAACAAAACAAUGUCCAGGGACACCAUAUCGUUAAGAAAUGCUAGUGUUACUCAAUCUGGGGAAUACAACUGUCGACUGUUUUAUAAUGGAAACCUGAAGUACCAGCAGUCAUUACUCGUUUUAAUACAAGAUAAACCAUUUCCUCCGAUGUUUAUUCACACCCAUGCACUAUCGGAAAGCUCAAUAAAUGCCUCGUGGGUUUCUGGAAAAAGUCAAAAUAGCCCUAUUUCACUUCACACUGUCUACCUGCAUGAUAACAACAGUCUAGUUUUACAAAAGAACGUAUCGUCUCCUCUGUCCAGCACAACACUUCAUAACUUAAAGCCAUACACAUGCUAUACUUUAUACAUUCGUGCUUUGAAUGACAUUGGUUGGAGUGAAUUUAGUAGACCUAGCCACUCACUGACUCUUCCUGGCUUACCUGUUGCCCACCCAACAGUUCACAUCAUCAAUGUAUCAAGUCAUUCAAUUUCUGUAGACAUAGGUAUCACAAAUUUAAAGGAUGUCAAUCAAGACAAUGUCAAAAGAUGCUUAGAUCAUGAUGUUCGAUUCAUAUCAUUGCUACAUGGCCCAUUGGUUGGCUACAUUGUCACAGUUGCUACAAUUCAACCUUACGUGUUUGCUUCAAAAACGUUAUACAAUGCAUCUGAAUCACACUCGCAGGUUAUAGAUAUAUCCCAUCUAAAACCAUAUACGCGAUACAACCUGUCGUUCGCUUUUUACAAUGGUCGUUUUGCGGGCCCUUUUUUUUCUUUGGUUGUUUCAACUGCAGAAGGGGUUCCCGGAAAACCUAUAAUAAAAAACUGUGAAAGCUCAUCUAACUCACUAUCAAUCAACUGGGAUAAUAAUGCUGAUGCAGUGGGCAAAACAGUUGCCCAUAAAUUGGAGCUGCACAUGUGUUUCAAGAAUGGUGCACAAAAUCCUAAAAGGUUGAAAACUGUUCAACUGGAUUCCAACGACUUUCAGUUUGUGUUUGAAAAUCUGUAUCCCAAAACUUGCUACCUCGUUCGUGUAGCCUCUGCUACAAAAGCUGGGUUCGGAAAUUUCAGUGAACUUGAAGUUUAUACUAAAUCUGAAGCUCUCUCACCACCUGUUGCUGUUGGCGCUUUUCUUUUGGAGAGCAAUGAUGUUUUGAUUAACUGGACUUGCUCAAAUGAAUGUUCAUCAAUAACAAGAAACAGACAGUUUUUGGUCUGUUGGUACUUUCAGUCCUUCCUAUCCGAACAAAAAUGUUUACUCACUCAGACAUCAGAUAGAAAGGAAUUAGCAUACUGUUAUUGUGAUCAACAACAACAAUUUCAAUGGACCAUUAUCCCGUUGUCCGCGUUUAAAGAAGCAAAAUCUGGUCAAAUUAUCUUUACUAUUCGAUCUAGUAUUUCUCAAACAAAUUGUACUGAUUACGUAAGCUGUGAAAUGCAAAGUGAAAAUUCAAAUGAAAUAAGUUUAAAUCUAUCUUCCUCUAAUCAACAAUAUUUCCAUACAACUCCAAAAUAUUAUUUCAAAUUAGAUAAUAUUGCAAUUUUCGGGAUAGUCUCUAUUACUCUUUUGGUCUUCUUCUGCGUUACAGUAGGUGCAUGCUUUGCUAACCGAGUCCAUUGUUUUUUUAUCAUGUGUCGUGGAACGGGUUCUUGUUAUCGAAAAACCGAUAUAUCAACUAAAUAUAAACGUAUUGCACCAUUUCAUCUAAGUAAAAACACAUACAAAGCUAUUUCAAGCAAAGAAUUUCGUGCUCAUGUCAAUGCUUGUCAUGCUGAUGAUGAUGCUGGAUUUCAGGCAGAGUUCGAAUCGUUAGAACAAAAUAUGCAAACAAACUGGUCAACCUCUGUCGCUCGGUCUCCAGAAAACAUCGCGAAAAAUCGAUACUCCAACGUUUUGGCUUAUGAUCAUUCAAGAGUUACACUUAAAGAAACAGGCAAUAAAAGUGAUUAUAUCAAUGCAAAUUAUGUCGAUGGCUAUCAUCGUCGAGCAGCAUAUAUCGCUGCCCAAGGUCCGAUUCCAUCUACUUUCAAUGAUUUCUGGUUGAUGGUGUGGGAACAAAAUAGCAAUGUUAUCGUUAUGAUAUCUAACUUCGUUGAACGUGGUCGUCGUAAAUGUGACAAGUAUUGGCCUAGUUCAGGUCACCAAACAUAUGGCAACAUUUCAGUUCGUAUGGUUUCUGAAGUUGUACGAGCUUUCUUUACCGUUCGAGUGUUUACUGUUCGUCAUAUCAAAGCUAAACGUGGUUCUAAAGAUCGUUUGGUUUAUCACUAUCAAUACACAGAUUGGCGAGAUUUCGAUGUACCUCCUUCCCCUCUUCCGGUCCUCAAGUUCGUGGAAGCUUCAGUUGCACAUUGGACCUUUGAUAAGGGUCCAAUUGUUGUCCAUUGCAGCGCUGGUGUUGGACGAACUGGUACUUAUAUUUGUAUUGAAAGUUUGAUACGACAACUAAAGGUGGAACAAGCCGUUUCUGUUCGGGGGUUUCUGGAGCAUAUCCGUCAACAACGUAUGAAACUUGUUCAGACCGAACAACAGUAUGCUUUUAUUCAUGACGCAUUACGUGAGUACAUCCUUUAUCCAUCUCAUUCAAUUCGUCCAUUGCACUUCAGUGAUUAUUUGAGGCACUUGUAUGAACUAGAUUCAACGGGCACAUCUAAUUUGAUGAAGCAAUUUGAAAUGUGUAUGGAUUUCGGAUGCGAUACUGUUGGUUCUUUGCAUAACGGAACUCCCAAUGUUGACCAAACGAAAUUACCCAUAUGUACAGGUACUUCUGAUGGUUCCGGCAUUGAUUCAUCCAUUCUCCAUGGUUUCUUGAAUGUUUGUGAGUAUAUUGUUACUCGUCACCCUUUAGGUAACAAUGUAACUGAAUUUUGGAAAGUAGUUUGGGACGCUAAUUCUUCUCUAAUUGUAUGUUUGUCUGACCAAAACUUGUUACCAUUUUGGCCUGAUGAAAUUGAACAAACAAGAACAAUUGGUUGGUUGCACAUAAAUUUUGCUCGAAUGGACCAAUGUAAUGAUUCGUUAGCACGAUUUCAAUUUUUAUUAACAUCUGAUCGAGAAGAUUAUGCGUUAGCAUGUACUCUUUUACAUUUUAAUGCAUGGCCUUCUGUUGAUUUAGAAAAUCCUUAUCAAUCGAAGAUAGCAUCAGAUUUACUUGGAUUGGCAACACAUUUAGCUAAUGAUGAUCCUGAAUUCUCAAAUUCUUCUGCUCCUAUUGUUUUAGUAGAUAACACUGGAGGUUAUCGUGUGGGUAUAUUUUGUGCAAUUCGUAUUUUAAUUAACCAAUUUUUAAAUGAUCUUCUACUGGAUGUAUAUUUUGUUUUCAAAAUGUUAUGUGUGCAACGACCCCAUCUAUUUCGAGGUUAUUGGGAUCUAGAAUUCGUGUAUACUCUUAUGCAAUAUUAUUUAAAGAAUGAAUUAUCACCUUCUUGGCAGUCGAAUUCAGUGGGUUCACGAGGUACAACUUUAUAUUAUAUGCUUGAAGGACGAGAAAAUUUCAACAAAAUAUCCACUGGUGAACAACACACAUCUCCCAGACGAAUGUUAGGAAAUUUAUUUUCUGGUCGACUUCGAUUAACUGAUUCGAAAUACCAGCGUCCUAUUCGAAUCAAUAAUGAUUCAUUUCUAUUUAAUGAAGCUACUACUAUUAGUCGAGAUAAUUCUUUUAGUCAUCAAAAUAACGAUAAUAAUUCGCUGUUACAAUAUACCAGUCAACAACUAUGCAACAGUAAUAGUAAUAAGACCAGUUCAUUUACAGAUCUGUAUCAUCAAGAGGAACCACUUUUAUCAAAUCAUUUUUCAAAUCCGCAUGAACAUGCAGUCUAUUGUUUACCAUCAAAACAUCAAUCUGUUGAAUUUCUUUCAUUCCAAACUAUUAAAAACAGUAGACGACAUUUUACUGGCACUCGAAUGGAAUAUCCCACCCUGUGA